GAAGCUGCUUGAGAUUCUCUCUCUCCCUCUCUCCCUGCUCCUCCCCUGCUUGUGUGCAUUCUCUCUCUCAACAUAAAGAAAUAAACUUAAAUAAACAAAAACUAUGAAGAUGGUUGAUAUAAAGACCUGGGCUGAGUAUGUGGUGGAUUGGGCUGCAAAAGACCCGUAUGGCUUCCUUACAACAGUUAUUUUGGCCAUUACACCAUUGUUUCUAGUAAAUGCCAUAGUGUCCUGGAAAUUGGUCAAGAUGAUUGAGGCCAGGGAAAAGGACCAAAAGAAGAAACAAAAAUGUCAAGAAAAUAUUGCAAAAGCUAAAUAACUGAAUAAGCACCUAAGGAAUGAACAGGCUGUACAACCAGAGGUAAAUCGUUUGGAAAAUUAUGCAGUUUUGGAAGGACCCACUAAGUUUUCUUUUCUGUUUUUCAUGACAGUAAUUUGUA